AUGGCCGGUUUGGGUGAAAAAAAAUUAACAAAGACAACUCCUUCCACGUCAUGGAGUUUAAGUUCUCUUCUUAAUGGAAUAGCGGAAUACAGAGAGAAGCUUAAUUUACCCAAUCCAGGUACUUUUGAAGGUCUACACCGUGAGGUCAAAGGGAGAGCCGAUCUCACCAGAGUUUUAUCACAAAAUUUACAAGUCACGCAUUCCUUCUCCAUGGGUUCUGCUUUAACACCACCGAUGUAUAACUUUGGAGCUGCUUACAUUGGCACAAAAUCCUUCCUUCAUGGUACUAUUGACACAGAUGGAACUUUAUCGGCGCGUAUGAAUUAUGCAUGGAAUGCAAAGAAUGUGACCAAAAUUCAAGCUCAUAUAACAUCAGUACCAGGGCAUUCAAUGCUUCAAUUGGAACAAGACUACCAGGGGUCGGAUUAUUCCAUUAAUUAUAAAACCAUUAAUCCAUCACCGGUUGAAAAUACUGGUAUCUAUAUUUUAAGUUAUAUCCAAUCUGUAACACAGAAGCUUGCCUUGGGUGUUGAAACUGUAUAUCAGAAACCUACGCCAGACAAAAUUGGCACCAUACAAGCAUCGUACUUCCAAAAGAUUAACGAAAAAGUGGAGUUUGGGACAGAACUUCAAAUUCUUGUAGGAAGAGAACGAAGAGAUGCUUUAUGCACAGUAGUAUGUAGCUGA